GUUUAUGGUAAAUGGUUUAUAUAUCACGCACACCACGCGUAAGAGUGUAUGUCAUUUUUGUAAAUGUAAAUUUAUUGUACAUUUGUUACUUUAUUAAAAUGGGAAUAUUAGAAAAAAUAUCUGAAAUUGAAAAAGAAAUUGCUCGGACGCAAAAAAAUAAAGCUACUGAGUAUCAUUUAGGUUUAUUAAAAGCAAAACUUGCGAAAUAUAGAUCACAACUUUUAGAACCACCAAAAAAAUCUGAAAAAGGAGAAGGAUUUGAUGUAUUAAAAUCAGGAGAUGCAAGAGUAGCUUUAAUAGGUUUUCCUUCUGUAGGAAAAUCUACUUUAUUAAGUACAUUAACACAUACAGAAUCUGAAGCAGCAUCUUAUGAAUUUACUACUUUAACUUGUAUACCUGGUGUUAUUGAAUAUAAAGGAGCUAAUAUUCAACUUCUUGAUCUUCCUGGAAUAAUUGAAGGUGCUGCACAGGGUAAAGGAAGAGGUAGGCAAGUAAUAGCUGUUGCAAGAACAGCUGAUUUAGUUCUUAUGAUGCUAGAUGCUACUAAACAAGAUGUACAAAGACAACUUUUAGAAAAAGAAUUAGAAUCAGUUGGUAUACGACUUAAUAAAAAGAAGCCAAACAUAUAUUUCAAGAUAAAGAAAGGAGGUGGAUUAGCAUUUAACUCAACAUGUCCAUUAACAAAAGUAGAUGAAAAACUAGUUCAAAUGAUUUUACAUGAAUAUAAAAUUUUCAAUGCAGAAGUUCUAUUUCGCGAAGAUUGUAGUGCAGAUGAAUUAAUUGAUGUAAUUAAUGCUAACAGAGUAUAUUUACCAUGUCUUUAUGUACAUAACAAAAUAGAUCAGAUAUCAAUAGAAGAAGUGGAUAGAAUUGCCAGGCAGCCUAAUAGUGUAGUAGUUAGUUGCAAUAUGAAAUUAAAUUUGGAUUUCCUUCUUGAAACAUUAUGGGAAUAUUUAUCUUUAAUAAGAGUUUAUACAAAAAAACCUGGUCAACCACCUGAUUUUGAAGAUGGUUUAAUAUUAAGAAAAGGAGUUACAGUAGAACAUGUAUGUCAUGCAAUUCAUCGUACACUUGCUCAACAAUUUAAAUAUGCUCUUGUUUGGAACAAUCAAAUAAAAGGAUUGAUUAUAUUUGGUCUUAGCUGAAGAAAAUAUAUUAAUAACACUGAACAUAACAUAUGCUAUCAUUGAAUAUAAAAUGAGGAAAUGUGACUGAAGAAUUCAUAGAAGAUGGAAAUGCAUGAGUUACUCCACUACUUUUGAAUACUAGCAUAAAGGGAGAUAAAACCGCGUAAAGGGCCCCAUCAGUGGACAGCACUGUUUUAGAACAAAAAAAAAAAAUUGGUAAAAUAUUCUCCUAAUAAUCAGAGAUUUUAAUUUAAUAACUUUUUAAUAAAUGAUUUAUUUUUAUUAUUUAUAAUACAAUAUUUAUUUUUAUGAAAUAUUUAUAAAAAAAUUAAAGAAAAAAUUAUUUAACAACAAUUAAAAAUAACUAUAAAUAUAUAAUAAUAAAUAUAUAUUCUAAUUAUAAAAUAUGUAAAAUGUAUGUUCUAUGCAUUUUUUUUGCUAAUUUCCAAAAUAUAUGUAAAUAUAAUAAAAAUAAUAAAUUAUAAAAAAAUAAUACAUAAAAAUACAUGUAAUUUUUCAAAAUUAAAAAUAAUAUCUUAAAAAAGAAAAAAA